AUGCGUCGGGCAUCCCUCCAAAUCUUUACCACUAAUGGGCGUCUUUCAGAUGAACCUCCUAAGGGGCCGACACGGCGCAGCAGCGGCGGCUCAUCUGCGCAGAAUGAGCACUCAGAGGGCGAUUCAAUUGACCCCUCUGAGCCUCAGGAGCCGACGAACCUCUGCGAAUCCAAAGGAAUAACUUAUGCGGGAAAACGAAACCUCACAGACACGGAACCACUAGCACUGGUUUCCACACCCACUCGUGGCAGCUCCAAGGCAAAGGAAAGCGGAAUUACAGCAUCUAACAGUGGUACAGCGGCCGACGCAGAUCAGAUUCAUGAGAAGCUCCAAAAAAUGUGGGAUGACGGAGAACUAUCACCCCGCGCCCCUCUUGAUCGGUCACUAGGUUAUUUCUCCUCCUCCUCUCCAAACACCAAUGGAAGAGCCUCUGGUUCUUCAGGAUCCUUCAUUGCUGCAUCAGGAAGCUCUCACGUUCACAAAUCGCAGGGGCAUCAGCACGUUGCGGGAGCACCGCUGUUUAUCAAUGAUGUUCGAGCCUUGCGGCAGAUGGCUCCGUUCAGUUCCACAGAGGAACAAGUUCUCACAAGGUCCCAGCGAAGGAGGAGCAGUGCAAGCCUUUUACAACAGCUCGUCGCAUCUCAAAUCCAUGAUGUUUGUCGCCAGAACACAGCGGCUCGCUCGCAGACUCAGGAAGACGCCCAGACAAAAGCGCAGCUCCACGAUGCCCUCCUGCCGGAGCUGCAACAACCGCAUCACCACCACGUUCCAGCUGACGGUGAACAGGCGCAGGAUCCAUGCAAGAUGGUUGCACAGCCUGUGGCCUUGCCUAUGUGUUUGUCUUGUGAGACGGAUUCCUCCUGCCCCGAGGGAGUCGUCUCGCGGGGUUUGGGAGCUCGCAAACGCCGUGCCAGCAGCCCUACAGCCUCGAAAUAUUCAUUUUCGCUGCAUGCUUCAGGAGGCCAAGAGGGUUGUGAUCCGUCGGAGGAUGGACAACCCCGCCAUAAGGGUCGCAGGUACCUUUCUCCCACUGCUGCAACGCCCCACACUGCUGCUCCCCCGCUGCUGACUUCGACUCCCGCCCGCGUAUCCCACCGACGCAUAUCGGUGGGCACGGCCGAGCCGACGAGUAGCAGCAAGAGCGCUAGCACCGGUGGCAUGCUGGAUACCACCAUGUACUGCAGCAUCAGCAUUAGCAGCAGCAGCAGCAGCAAGAUUGAUUCGCCAUUUCAAAAGCAUCCUCCGCCCUCCCCCUCAGACUUUCCCGUGUCGUCUCCUAUCAGCACCAGUUCGUCUUCGGCGCAACACCGCAAUCUUGCGACAGCUCGUCAGCUCCGGCAGCCCCUCCAGCAAGGCCAGAGCACUUUGAGUGCGACGCUUUGCAGGCGCUCUGCUUGUGACCCCGCAGGUGUCCAGCAGCAGAUGCUGAAAAGCCCUCAACGGCUAUCCCCCCGUCGCACGCGUGGCGGAGGAGUGGCCUCCUCGUGCCAUCCUUUCGAGACUCCGCGGGAGCCCCUUUGCGCGUAUGAGUCUAAAAGAGGCGCUAAUUGCGACUCUCUCCAGCAGAGAGGCGUAAGACAGUGCCCUUCGUCGCCUGCGGCUGCUCCACGGGGUGGCGCACCGAGCAGCAACCUUACCGCGGAUAAGGGCUGCAAGCAGCGGGUUCAUAAGACCGCUGGCGAAGGGGCCACGCAGACUUUGGCAACAGAGCUGCAAGCGACGGUUGCUUCGGCUCCUGCGAAGCCAAAACUUCAGGCAGGGGCGUCUGGGGGUUCGCGUCGUCGUGCCUCGGCAGUCCAAGCGUUUUUGAGGCUAAACGGUUCGAGUGGCAGUCGCCUUCCUUCUCCUGCUGUAGAAGCUCGGAGCAACCGAGAAGCGGAAGCGCCAAGCGGAAUCACAGACAUGCCAGCACUGCGCAGAGCCUCCUCCCCCAUGACUUCCAGAGUAUCGAAGUUUCCAUGGAGGGGCCCAGCGCAUUUAGGUGUUCGCCCUUCAACGAACGUGGCUCCCGCUGAAGCACAGCAGUUCAAGAGGCGAUUUCCUCCCUCCGCGCUUUUAACAAAGCAGGCGUCUAAGAGAGCGGGAGAGAAGGCUGCGGAAGCUAGGGAUGGUGAUGCCUCGCGCGUCCGAUCCGGGGCACAGGAGGAAUCUCCAAAAGCGGCAACCUCUUCUGUUGCCGGUAGACGCACAGCAUCGAAGACGCGGCGCAGCUCAGCUCUUCCGACAGCUGCUGCCAGUCGAAAUACGUCAAAGAUCCCGAUAUCUGUUUCUGCCGGUUCCUCCUCGUGCUUCUCGUCGGGAUCGUCUCACGCGUCCGCAGGGGCAGCGCCUGCGCCAACUGCCGGUGGCUGCUCCACGAGUCUUGCGAGGCUGCCGAAACUCCCCAGACGCAAGCUGGCUCCAUGUCGCUUCGCCGUUUCAACCCCGGCGAGAUCUGUAGCCGGACAGGAACCCUCCAGUUCAGGAGGAGCUCGAGGAGACGCCUCUGCUCAGCUAUGUGGGGCUGGAGGCAAUGCAGCAAACAAGGGGGAGCAAAAAUUGGCAGCCACACCACGUGAGUCUCUGUCCGGGAAAGCCACGCCCGUUGGAGGUGCAGGGAGGCGCUUAGGUAUCGCAGCGAUGCGUCGUUUGCCAACCGGAAAAUCAGGAGCUACCUGCACAACUAUCACGCUACAGCGCCCUGCGGCACGCAACAAGGUGCGAGUGUUGCCGAUUACGAAGCCUUUAAGGCUCAUCUCGACCGCAAGCAAGCAGCGAUGUCAGAGCAGCAUCCGAGGCACCAGUGCAGUAGCUUCUUCGGGAAUGGUUUGUGAGGGUCAAAAGCUGCUUGCAGAAGCAUCAGGAGCAGAUUCUCGUGAAACAUGUACAGUAGGGGUGGGGCUCGCGCGGCAGCGUUGCUUACCAGUGCGCUGCAAUUCCACGAGGCGCGUGCAAGGAACCAAACAAGCCGCUGUGCCUACGGCAGAUAUGGCUGCUGCAUCCCCGAAGGGUAGAGCAACGAGUGCACUCCUUACGGGAAGAGCUAAUAGGGAUGCAUGUACAGAAUCCAGAAGCACGCUGAAGCGUUUAGACAACCAAAAGAUGCCCUCUGGUGCCAGUACACCCUCGGCAAGCUCACAAGAGAUUUGCCUCGACGUCAGCAAUGCAGAAAGCAGCGCUUGCUGCGACGACAGCCCUGACAGCAACGCUUUAAUGGGGAGUUCUUUCAUCCCCAGUAGUGCAGAGUCCGGUAGUAUAGGCUCCGGUGUCUCGGAGUCUGCUUCGGGCGCGAUAGCGGCACAAAGGGCAUGUAGCAACAGUGUGUCGCUUCCCCCAAGCAAGCGACGCAGCAGUUCCCCCCACAAUUUGGCAUUACAAAAGGGGGCGAGUGAAGAGGCCGAAGAGGUUCAACGUCAAAGGGACGUCUUUCCGCCUGUUCGUCGAGCCUCGAGCGUUUGUAGCCUCGAGGAUUGUGAGAGGCGCGUAUCGGCGCAGCAGCAGAAGCACGAGGCCCUCCACCAGGAAUGGGAAGACCGUGAGCGGCAGUACCAGGAGAAACAACAGAGCUUGCUCCUCGAGCAACAGCGAAAAGAGAAAUUGCAUGCAUGGGAGCAACGAGAAGCCGAGCUUUUGAAAAACAGAAAGGCCCUUUCCAAAGAAGAACCUUCAUUCUGGGGAUUCGAUCCAUUCAUGGUGGAUGAAGAGGACGAACGCGUCCUUACCACAGAAGAGCUGCGAGUAGAAGUAUCCCGCUUCCUGAAAGGAGAUUUGCGCUUUCACUCACGAGCAGAUCUUCUCCGCGUCGUCAAGAAGUACAGUGAGCAGACUCGGACCACCACUACAACCACAAGCUCGCGCCUAAACUUCACCAAGGUGGAGCAGCGUGUCGUACCCAUGGCGGCUCGCCAAGUGCACGGCACAGUGCCUCAUGAGAGACGCCGAAAGUCCAUACUGCGCAACAGCAAUGGUGCACAACCACCCUCUGAGUGUAGAAGGCGAAGCAGGGGAAUCAGCUUUUCCCCCUUCAACAAAGUCCAACUCUACAUGCUGGAUGAGCACGAGCGCGCAAGCAAAGAAGCGGCUGCAAAUUUGUCUCAACAGGGAGAACAGCGGCAACAAUUACGCCAGAAGCUUGCGCAGCAGUUUCAAUUCAUGCUGUUGCGAGGAGACUCGGACUUGGAGCUGGCCCUGAUCCGCCGCGAACUGGCAAACCUGUACGAUCCUGAAGAGGAGGAUAGCCUUGCCUUCUUGUCCCCCACUGCGCCUCCCCGCCAUGAUCCAGUAGCGGACAGAGGAGCUUCUUCUGUUUCCUCUGAGCAAAAAAGUUCCGAGAGCGUCAAACCAAACGACGCAGAGCCAACAGGAUCUCCGAUUUCAAGGGGUUGUGGCACAGGUGGACGGCUUCCUUUUACAGUUUCACCUUCAUGGCGGCAGCGACCCCACGGCAUAUGGCAAGAGUCCCCCUGUGUCACACAGAACGAACCUGCAGCCUCUGAGUGGAGUCCACCUCCCAGCCCUCUGGGGCAGAUUCGUCAAAAUAUACCAAGAGAAAGGGAAGCCCUUGCGUGCUGGGGAACCCCCAUAGCCACCGCAGGAGAUUUCUUAGAGGGUGAACCGAACAAGAUCGACACUAAUAACGAUGAGAACAGCAACUGUAACGCGCCAUUUCACGCCCCUCAGGUAUCGUGGGACAAGUUACAAAAGGCAGCCGAAGAACCCACCAAACUUCAGGGAUCAGAAGCGUCCAGGCGGCCGUCUGUUCUAAGUCGGCGCCUCUCUGUUGUCCCCAAUGUACCCCCCCACUAA